CAGCCAUAUACAGGAACGGAACCAAUGGUCAGCCAGCUGGUCAAUGCGCCAAGCAAUCCCUUUGAUUCACUGAACCGAACAAAAUGGAAAUCAGAAACUUCCCAGAACCAUUACGUAAUCAAUUACGUGCUCUCUUACCAAGAAUUACUCCAUUUUUUCAAAGAUUCUUAAGGAUAUAAUAGAUAUUCUCAUCCUCUCAGAAAGUGAUAUCAGCUUAUAUUGUUUACUAAUUGGCGAAUAAGUACAUGUAGAUUAACAAAGAUGAUCAACAGCGAGAGGUUGUGGAUCGCAAGUUCAGAUCAAACAGUUUCUACGACACAAGAGGCCGGAGCAACUCUACUAGUAGUACUAGCCUCGGAAUAGGGUUUUUUCCUUUUGCUUUCUUUAGGACAAGACUUUUCCCGUACGGACCUCUUGAUCCUGUCUUGGCUUCUAGUUUCUACUACUACUUUCUAGGUUUCCGGACUGGAAGCAUGGGAAGCAGCAGGCCGGAGAAGGCUUUGGAUAAUUCGGUGCCGGCACACGUUUUAAGUGAGAAUACGAUAUGCGCAGCAGUGGGAAAAGAAGUGGAGGAGGGCAAAUCGAUUCUGUUGUGGGCUUUCCAUAACUCUGGAGGAAGGAAGAUUUGUAUCCUUCACGUUCAUCACCCUCCAAAUCAGAUCCCAAAUCCUCUGGGUCCUACGAGAACUCCAUUAAAGUAUGUGAACGAAGCAUCUGUAAGAGAAUACCAGGACAAAGAGAGUAAAUAUGCGCGAGAUCCUCAAUAAAUAUGAUCAUUUUUGUGGCGAAAUGGGGUCGACCCGAAGAAGUGAUGAGGAAGAAGUUUGAAGUCAUGAAAACUCCCUAGUUAGGCUUAAUUUGAAAGUUUUUGCCAACUAAUUAAUCCAAAGAAAUCAUUUUGAGAUCUUGGAUUCAGAAAAAUUGGCUAAGCUUUUCAAAUACAAUUGGCAUUGCGGCUUUUAAAUCUAGGUACGGGCAGAAAUACUACAAACUGAAACGGAAACUAUUGAAGAGGGGAUUGUAAAACUCAUCGCUCAGUAUGGAGUUAGGAGGCUUGUCAUGGGAGCAGCUGCUAAAAAGCACUACAACAGAAACAUGAUGGACCUCAAGUCUAGAAAAGCAAGAUAUGUGUGCGAACGAGCACCUGUGUACUGUUUCAUACAGUUUAUCUGCAAAGGCCAUCUCAUCCAUACCAGGAAACCACGUACAGACACAGAAAAUGGAGAAUCAAGCCUCAUGAUGUUAAGAUCACAAUCAGUUCCUUCUGGGAAUUACAAUAUGAAUGAGGCUCAAACUUCAAGCUCAAACUUCUUCAGAUCACCAUAUAUUGUAAAUAGUGUCUUCAAUGGUACUUUCCAAGGAGGCACCGGAGAGCUUUCAUCCCCGAAUAGCAGGUCGGAGGUGGAACGCAACAGUACUUCUAAUAAUGAGUCGGAUGUAUCUUUAUUAAGGAGUCGGCGUUCAAGUUCAACUUGCUCAACAUACUCUCCAAGAAGAGUGAUUGACUCAACUCGCGACCAAUUAAUACUGAAACCACGUACUCCAUUGGAGGGGUUGUUCAUGAGUACUGCAUUCUCACCAAGCAGCUCUUCUGUUAUGGACGUUGCAUCUUCUAACGUUGUGCAGGAAAAUAGUUUAGAUAAUCCACAUUAUGAAAAACUUCAACAACUGAUGGCAGACGCGGAAAAAUUGGCACUCUUGCAGCAAAAAGUAGCAAGAGAGCUUGGUGAGGCUAUUAGCAAGGCCCAAGAAGAGUUGAUACUCAGAAGAGAAAUUGAGAAAAGGAAUGCAAAAGAGAGAGAAAUUGAAACGAUGAAAUAUCAGAUAGACCAACUCAUGGAAAAGUUCCAGACUUUCCAUGAACGUGAAACAUCAUUAAAGAAUCAAAUUGUAGAAUUGCAGGUGGAACGGGAUAGCACAGUGAAAGAAGCUGAAGAGCUAAGAAAUAAACAAGGAGAAUGCUCAAGUUGGAAUAAUGCUCAGUUCACUGAGUUCUCACUCUCAGAGAUUAAGAAAGCAACUCAAAACUUUCAUGAAUCCCUGAAAAUUGGAGGAGGAGGAUAUGGAAACAUAUACAAAGGCAAUCUACACCAAAUCGAGGUUGCUAUAAAGAGGCCACAUUCUCAGAGCUUGCAUUCUAACUACCCUAGGCAAGGACCCGCAGAGUUUCAAAUGGAGGUUCGUGUAUUGAGUCAUCUAAGGCAUCCGAAUCUUGUGAGACUUAUUGGAUCUUGCCCAGAAGAAUUUGUACUCAUAUAUGAGUAUCUGCCCAAUGGAAGCCUUGAAGAUCGACUCAAAUGUAGGGACAAGAGUCCUCCAUUGUUAUGGAAAACUCGUAUUCGUAUUGCUGCAGAGUUGUGCUCGGUCCUUGUGUAUCUCCAUUCCAGAGCACCUCACAGCAUCGUACAUGGUGAUCUAAAACCAUCCAAUAUCCUCCUUGAUGCCAACCUUGUUUCAAAACUUAGUGACUUUGGGAUUUGCCGUAUGUUGUGCCAUGAUCAAUGUUCAAACAACAACACAACACUAUGUCAUAUAACUGUCCCAAAGGGCACCCCAGGUUAUGUAGAUCCUGAGUUCCUUGAAACAGGAAAGCUUACCAUAAAGUCAGAUGUUUAUUCAUUUGGAAUCAUAUUACUACAAUUGUUGACUAAUCAUUCUGCCAUCUCCAUAGCAAAUGAAGUGAAAAAUGCCUUAGGUACCAUGAGUUUGCAAGCUGUCUUGGAUCCAUCUGCUGGGGAUUGGCCAAUUGUGGUUGCACAAAGUUUGGCUAAAUUGGCAUUGUGGUGUUGUGAUAGGAACCAAGAAAACCGGCCAAAACUUGGGUCAGAUGUUUUGGAAAAGCUUGAAUCAAUGAGGGCUUCAACUUGAUGAUCACAACUUGGGUCGGAUAGUUGUAAAAGUGUUGUCGAGUAUAAAAAGAGGCCUUAUAUUUCAAUCACACAUAGUUCAUAUUUGUACAUUUAUUUUGUGUUGUUUAUUAUCUCGUCUAUAUAUAUACAAGGGUUGUGUAGCUAUGUUGGUUUAGAGGCAUGGCUGCGCUUUGGUUGAA